CUUUAACUGACCCUUCCCGGGGGCCUGCCUCACGCGUGCGCACUGCAGUUCUGCGCUUGUCAUCAUGGCGACGCGGGGCCAUGUGCAGGACCCUAACGACCGGCGCCUCCGGCCCAUUUACGAUUAUCUUGAUAAUGGGAAUAAUAAAAUGGCUAUUCAGCAAGCUGAUAAACUGUUGAAGAAACACAAAGAUCUUCACUGUGCAAAGGUUCUCAAGGCGAUUGGUUUACAGAGAACUGGAAAACAGGAAGAAGCCUUCACCUUGGCCCAGGAGGUAGCUGCCCUUGAGCCCACAGAUGACAACUCCCUUCAGGCCCUGACAAUCCUCUACCGGGAGAUGCACCGGCCGGAGUUAGUCACAAAGCUUUAUGAGGCAGCUGUGAAGAAAGUUCCCAACAGUGAGGAGUAUCACUCUCACCUCUUUAUGGCCUAUGCCAGAGUGGGAGAGUACAAGAAGAUGCAGCAGGCUGGCAUGGCUCUAUAUAAGAUUGUCCCCAAAAACCCUUACUACUUUUGGUCCGUGAUGAGCUUAAUCAUGCAAUCCAUAUCUGCACGAGAUGAGAACCUCUCAAAAACCAUGUUCCUGCCCCUGGCAGAGAGGAUGGUAGAGAAAAUGGUGAAAGAGGACAAAAUAGAAGCUGAAGCGGAAGUUGAACUUUAUUAUAUGAUCCUGGAACGGUUGGGGAAGUACCAGGAAGCCCUGGAUGUCAUUAGAGGGAAAUUAGGAGAGAAGUUGACAAGUGAAAUUCAGAGUCGGGAAAACAAAUGCAUGGCCAUGUACAAGAAACUGAGCAAGUGGCCAGAGUGCAACGCCCUUUCCCGACGCCUCCUGUUGAAAAACUCUGAUGACUGGCAGUUCUAUCUGACUUAUUUCGAUUCUGUCUUUCGACUGAUUGAAGAGUCCUGGACGCCUCCUGCUGAAGGGGAACAUUCCUUAGAAGGGGAAGUACACUGCUCUGCAGAAGACGCUAUGAAGUUUAUAGAGGAUCGGAUAACGGAGACAUCGCAAAGCUCUCGACACCUCAGGGGCCCACACCUAGCUAAGCUGGAGCUCAUCAGGCGCCUGCGGAGUCAAGGUUGUAACGAAGAGUAUAAGCUGGGUGACCCAGAAGAGUUAAUGUUCCAGUAUUUCAAGAAGUUCGGGGAUAAGCCAUGUUGCUUCACAGACCUGAAGGUGUUUGUUGACCUCUUGCCUGCUGCCCAGUGCACACAAUUCAUUAACCAGCUUCUUGGAGUUGUUCCGUUGUCAACACCAACAGAGGAUAAGCUUGCUCUGCCAGCUGACAUCCGAGCCCUGCAGCAGCAUCUGUGUGUUGUGCAGCUGACAAGGCUCCUUGGCUUGUACCAUAUCAUGGAUAAGAAUCAGAAGCUGGAGGUGGUCAGAGAAUUAAUGUUAAGGUACCAGCAUGGACUGGAAUUUGGGCGAUCUUGUUUGAAGACAGAGUUGCAGUUCUCUGACUAUUACUGCCUCCUCGCUGUCCAUGUGCUCAUUGAUAUCUGGAGAGAAGCAGGUGAGGAGACUGCCGUGUGGCAGGCCCUGACUCUGCUGGAAGAAGGCUUAACACACAGCCCAUCCAAUGCUCAGUUCAAAUUGCUGCUUGUUCGAAUCUACUGCAUGAUGGGUGCAUUUGAGCCAGUGGUGGAUCUUUACUCCAGCCUUGAUGCCAAGCAUAUCCAGCACGACACCAUUGGCUAUCUUCUGACCCGAUAUGCCGCAUCCCUGGGUCAAUAUGCUGCUGCCUCCCAGUCCUGUAACUUCGCACUCAGGUUUUUCCACUCCAACCAGAAAGAUACCUCAGAAUACAUUAUUCAAGCUUACAAAUACGGUGCAUUUGAGAAGAUCCCAGAGUUUAUCGCUUUUAGGAACAGGCUGAAUAAUUCUCUGCACUUUGCACAAGUGCGCACUGAACGGAUGCUGUUAGACCUUCUACUUGAAGCAAACAUAUCAACUAGCUUGGCAGAAAGUAUCAAAUCAAUGAAUCUGAGGCCAGAGGAAGAUGACGUUCCUUGGGAAGAUUUGCGGGACAACAGAGACUUGGAUGUUUUCUUCAGCUGGGAUCCAAAAGACAGGAAUGUUUCUGAAGAGCAUAAGAAACUCUCCUUGGAGGAGGAGACCAUGUGGUUAAGAAUUCGCUCCUUAACGUUGAGGCUGAUCAGUGGACUUCCAAGUCUUACCCACCCUGUGGAGCCAAAGAACUCAGAGAAGACGUCAGAGAACGGUGUGUCCUCCCGGAUUGACAUCCUUCGUUUGCUCCUCCAACAGCUAGAAGUGGCCGUUGAGACAGGGAAGCGGUUUAUUGAAAAGGAAAUUCAGUACCCCUUCCUCGGGCCUAUUCCUACCAGGAUGGGCAGGUUCUUCAGUUCUGGCUGCUGUCAGUGCCAGGUCCGCUCCUUUCAUCUUGUCAAUGAUAUGUAUGAGCUUGACAGCAAUGGCUUAGAGGGUACAGUGGAUAUACAGGAGCGAAUAGAAAAUAGUCUUGCAUCUUUACUAGAACUUUUGAAAGGUGUCUUCAGCACAUGUAAAGGCAACCUCUUGGAAGUUAAAGAUGGUAAUGUGAAGACCCAGCCUGCGGUCCUAGAGAACCUUGUCUUCUUUGUUGAGACUAUUUCUAUUGUCCUUUGGGUGUCCAGUUACUGUGAGAGUGUCUUGCGGCCAUACAAAUUAAAUAUACAGAAAAAGAAAAAGAAGAAAAAAGAAACCAGCAUCAUCAUGCCUCCAGUCUUCACCAGUUUCCAAGACUAUGUUACUGGACUUCAGACUUUAAUCUCCAAUGCUGUGGAUCAUGUUAAAGGACUUGAAACACAUCUAAUUGUACUUAAACUUGAGGAACUUACUUUAGAAGACACUUCUAUCUCUCCGGAAGAAAGAAAAUUUUCAAAGACUGUCCAGGGGAAAGUACAGAGCAGUUAUCUGCACUCACUUCUGGAAACAGGGGAGCUGCUAAGAAAAAGACUUGAGACCACAAAGAAACUAAAAAUUUAAGGAAGAAUGAACCACAGACACUGACGACACUACAGCAGAAGACGACCACCACCUUCCCCAGCAAAAGCAACAUCUGGCUGGCAUCGUUCUAAUCCAGAACUUCCUCACAAAUGCAUGAAGGACUUUGAUCGUGAAUUAAUUUUUGAGGUAUUAAAUAUAUACAACGAAUUAAAUUAUUGUAUAUAAACCAGAAGCAGGACCCUCAACUGGGUUUACCACUCUUUAUACCUGUUCAUAUCCACAGGACAGCAACAAGUGAACCCCACUUCACUCCCAUCACCAGAAAUGUCUUGGGUGGAGGUUUCUUUACAAGCAGCAAUAGAAAUUCAGUUUAAAGCAUCGACCUCAGAGCAGGUGGAUUGCUCUUCCGUCAUGCAGUGGGAGUUUGGGUUUGGUCUUUUAGCCACAGGAGGCAGAAAGCAGUUGUAGGAGCAGACAUGGAAGCAGGGCUUUUUCUAUAGCAGCAGGUUGCUAGUGAGGCUCCUACAGAAUCAGGGUAGGUCCACAGAGGGUCAGGUGAGAAGUGUCAUGAGCACAUGCUGCACACAUGACCACAGGUGCUCAGUUUUGGCUUCAUAGUUCUGACAGCCAAGACAUACCCAGUCCGAUCCUGGGAGAGCUCAGACUGUAUAGCCCGCCUCGUGCUUCAUAAGCUGCUGAGACCUUGUGCCGCUGGUCCUCUAGGAAAGGUGGGAAGAGCUGUUGAAAAAGAGGUGUACAUGGUUUGUGCAGGCGAUUCUGAUACGUGUGUCAUUGGUUUUGAGUCACAUUUUGCAGCCAAUUCAUGAGUCUCACAGAUACAUAUGCAUAAAUAUGCUUGGAAACAAAGAUUUACUACUUAAGUGUUUUUAGGUGGGGUGUUUGGGGCAGAAGGAAUUGUACAUUAUGGAUUUAGCCUAGGUUUUAAGUUUUAGGUUGACAAAAGAUACAUUUUACAAUGGGCCUAAUAUGGGUCUGCUUUAUUGACACUUGAGAACUGCAUCAGGAUGUAUUGACUUUGUUCACCUGAAGUUGGAGGUCUGGUCCCCAAACACGCAGCUUGAGAGGCUGGUCUGACAGAAGAUGAAAGCUGCUCUUGAACAUGUUGUGCCGAGCUCUUACAGCUCCUUCGGUGACUGUUUUGGGGUCUGAGUCACCUCUUCUGUUCCUGUCCCCAUCACCUGACUCCUCCGAGUCAGUAACUAAAGAUGAAAAGAUGAAUUUGGUGAUGAUUGGUCCUCCCACCGACUGUUCCAGCAAGAGGCGGCACCAGCUGAAGGAGAGCUGACAAAAUCUUGGUGGCUAGGUUUGCAUUUUAUCCUUUAUCUUGACAUUCUUAGAUUCACAAAUUGGCAUAGUGGUUAGUAAUAGUUUAAACGUCUAAGGAAGCCUAUAGAAACUACUUUUUUACUUGUAAGAUGUGCUGGAGCCUAGACCAUGUAAUCGUACCAGAGUGUCACUUGCUCUAUCUCAAAAGAAAGGGCCUUUUUGAAUAAGAUGGGUUGAAGACUCUGAUUUUGACUUGCCUUGAACAACAUGUGGUCAUUUUCUGUAGUUACGGCCUGUUUCCCAUGGGACUGGGCGGGCUUUUGCCUGCAUUGUGGCUCCUGGAAUGUUUCUUGGGAUAUUCAAAUUAUACUGUAUGUAUGUGGCCAUAGAUGCUCUAAAACAUCUGUCAGCCAUCCAUCAUCAGUUAGAUAUGGACUCUGUGGGCUGGCUCUGGUCCUCAGGCAUAGCUCCUCUCUAGUGGUCUAUCCAGUCAGUCCUCUGCCUCGGCACCUGGGACCUCCACUGGUCUUACUGACAAAUAAUGUCAUGUUGGACUUAUACUUCCUUUGUUACUUGCUGAUUUUCUUACUAAAUGUAGCAUUUCAAUUAGAUCCAAUUCUUAAAUUUUGAGAUAAUUGUAAAAAGAAUGAAAUUAUGAAGAAAUGGCCAAUAUCUUUUAUCAGUCUAUUCUUUUUGGAAGCCGUCAUGCACUAUAAAUUGUGUACAGUUAAAGUGUAUAUACAUAUAUAUAUGUGUGUAUAUACACUUUUUUACUUAGUGAGUAAAAGCACCCUCUCCCCAUGCUUGUAUGUCAUUAGUAUCUGAGGAGAAUGCUCAGAGACUUGCUGCUGCUGCUGCUCUGGUUUAUAUGGUUUUGUUUUUGUGUGGUAAAUUGGUAUUUAAAAAACAAAAAACAAAACAAAACAAAAAAAAACCACGACUACUGUUUACAGAUGAAAAAAAAAAAUCACUGCUUUUUAUACUACUGAGAUCCUAAGUCAAGACUUUCCAAAGCAGGCAUUGGGUUCAAGUUACUUCUCUGACAGAGCGUCCUCUGUAGUGUCUCCACAUAUGGAGAGUGUGCACAAACCUAGGUGUGCUGCCAUUGAUUUUGUAUAUUUUCAUAAUUUUAAUUGUUCAAAAUUGCAUUAUAUUUUGCAGUCACCAUGUUCAAUCUGUAUUUGUCUUUCACUUCAACUUUUUCAAUAUAAAAAAGGGGUUCAAUUUAUCUGCAGGCUUGUUGAAACUCUUCCUACUUUCCUUUGUGAUUUAUUGGUAUGGGAAAUCUGCUCUUGAGAAUUGAGUGAAGGCAGCAAAUUGGCUUUAACUGGACAGGUUUAAUUUACAUAAACAUUUUAAUUUUAGUUUG